AUGGCGCAGACUUCAAGUUUAGUUGAAGAAGAAGCAAAGAAAUUAAUCGAGAAUUUGACGGGGUUUACGGAUCCAAGUGAGAAUUUCCAGCGCUCGUUCCAUUUUGCUCUGUCCAACUUCAAAUUCCAUCGAUACUUGGAUGUUGACAGUCACAAAAUCACCAAAAAGAUCAAAGGAUUGAAGCAGAAGUUUGAGAUCCAUUCCCACCUUGACAAAGCUGAGUCUUUCCAGAAACUUACAGACAAGUUCCUUCAACUUCCUCUGUCAGAGAAGAACAACGUUGCAAAGACUGACGCCCAUUAUUCAGUUCUUUCUGUCUUGUGUCAUCUUUCUGACUGCCCUGUGAAUGCAGACUACACAGAAACUCAACGUGUCCCAAAACAAAAAGCUGGAGAUGAUUUUGACUGGGGAAAAUACCUACAGGAGGGUCUAGCACCAGUGCCUAACUUCCACGAUUCAUCGUCAGAUGAGUGGUCUGAUGAGGAGGUCCUUGAUGACUCUGCGAUUCAAGCUGACCAAUCAGAAACGAGCCCCGUUUCAUCAAGACGUCUGAUUGGCCAUGAUGCCACUGGCCGUCCAAUCAGCAGUAGGGGAUUCGGAGAGGGGCAUUGUGGUAGGAGUUGGCUGGAGAGGAAUGUCGUUGCGCAGUAUUGGAACGGUGAUGUGGACCAGACGAUACAGGGGUCCCACAAUGCAACGAGGACAGCCAGUACAUGGAGAUGCUACGAAGAUCAGUGUAGUCCCUACCCAUCGACUGAAGGCAAGUACAACCUGACAGAGACGCAUGUUAUCAGAGAGACAAUUUGGGUCUUAAUGGGAGCUGAGAAAUCCUUCCUGUAUCAAACCCAGGGGGAUAAAUUCACUGCAAGGACUGAUGUGCAAGUCUCACAUCUCACCCCGGUGGCGCUUCACAGUUUGACCUCUGGGCUUGCAGAGAUCUGUUCACACGUUCUACGACUACAAGGAUUUAUUGACACGGUCCGAGCUGCACCGAUGAGAUACAUUCCUAAGGCCUCAACAGAUGAUGGUGAGACAAGAUGCCAGACCUAUGAGAGCUUAGCCGAGGCCUUGACGGUCAUUCUGUGGGAAUUACGUAAAGAGCUGACAGUACUGGAAAAGGAAAUCGUCAAACAAGAAACAAGCAUGACCUUAUCCAAGUUUGCCUCUACUCUUGACCCAUGGACUGCCAAGCUAUCCCUCCUGUCCAGAGUCCAUCAGACGGCCAUUGGUCCGUGCCAGGCAUGGAGCAGCUGUGUAGAGAGGACAUGGCUCUUGCUCUGCACGCUUUAUGAUGUGAUUGAACGUGAAUAUGAACAAGGGAUGACCGCUGAACAAAACGUGUUGUUGUUGCUUCAAGUGUGGCUGGUUACUGUAAGACCCUACAUUAACUUCCUAGACCGGUGGCUCUCAGGCUCACCACUGUAUGAUCCAGCUCAAGAAUUCGUCAUCAAGAGAAAUCCAGAAAUAACAGUCAAGUCUACAGAUUUCUGGCAGAAGGCCUUCAGCCUCCAUGUCUUUAUCAAUCCCUCGAAUCAACAUGGUACCACUCAGCAGUCCCAUUCUAGUGUGCAUAAGUCUGGAGCAAACCAACACCAGCAAGGGGGUGGAAUGCAGGGGAGCAGAGGGGAGGGUGUGGCUGUCCCUGUGUUCUUACAGCCAGUCUUGAAGGAGAUUCUCUUAGCUGGAAAGUGCAUGGAGCUUCUGGAGAGUAUGGGGAAACUGCCUGUGAUUUUGAACAAGUAUCAUCCUGAGAAAAGCUCCAUCUACAACGACUUCUCCUCAUCUAUUUCGACCCUCCUCCAUGAACGGACACUGCACAACGCCAAAGAGAACAAGACACCGACCAACGCCAAAGACAAGGUUUUAAGCUCAGCCAAUUCAAAGCUGACUGCCGUUGACAAACCCACCAUAACCAGCUUGCUGAAUCAGCUUGAAAACCACGGCAUAAGAGAUCCUUUCAUGGCUAAGAACUUCCAAGAUUGGUUUUCAGAUUUGGAAUAUUUUGGCUCCAAACCUGAUGAUGCUGAACUUGCUAGUUGGUCUUCAUUACCAGACUUUAGCUCAGCCAUCACUAGUCAAAUAAAGCCUCUACAAUUACUCUUACACCGUUGUCUUUAUCCACUGUUACUGGCCAAGUGUAAUGUCAUCUGCAGGGAGUUGGUUAACACCUUGAGAAGAGACUACCAUCUGAUGGAGACCUUUGCUUCUAUGAGGAAGUUCUACCUGUGCGAGGCCGGUGACACCAUGGUUGACUUCCUAUCUGACCUGUUUGAUAAACUGAAACACGGUCAUCAUGAUAGACACUGGCAGGAAUCACUUCAGCUUAAUUACCAGCUACAGACGGCAGUGGGCCCAAGAUUCCCUAAUGAUGCUGACAGGUUAACAGUGAGUUUUGAGCCAGCUAGUGCACCCUCUACUGUUGCAAUCCAGCCAAUCCAUGCUCUAGACGGACUGACACUUUACUACAAGGUUCCUUGGCCUCUAGACAUCAUUAUUGACGAGGAUGCCAUCUUGGUGUACAAUCAGGUAUUCAGGUUUCUACUACAGGUGAAGAGGGCAAAGUACAGUCUGGACCAACUAAGCUUCACAUCACUGAGUCACUCUGCAUCCCAGGCUGAAUCCUCAGAGUCUAAACCCCCUCUAAGGGGCACCCAGGCACCCUCACUAUCUCCUAAGAGCCAAGUUCUAUCUAAGGACCAACUCCUGCACAGGGCAUACCUCUUCCGCUUCAAGCUGGUCCACUUUGUCAAUGCGGUGCACAGCUACCUUAUGUCUAGGAUUCUCCACAGUACCGGUCUUGAGUUCCAGUCCGAAAUCGAUCAAGCUAAUGACCUGGAGGAGAUUAUUGAGAUUCAUGCUAACUACCUCAACACCAUCUCAGAACGCUGCCUUCUACACAAGAAGGUUGGUCUGGUGCGGGAGGCAGUCACUAAGGUCCUCAAUCUAGCACUAGUAUUCCAGAGGAGGUGGGAUACCGGACUCAAUGCAUUCAGUGCUGAGAGUAUUGACAAGAUGUUGAGAGAGUUCAGUAACUGUAGCACAUUCCUUCUGACCAUGUUGAAUAACAUCAACAAAAGAGGAGCAUUCCCACACUUGGAAGCAUUAGCCCUGUCUCUGACCCAGUCACAGGAUGAAGCUAAGGGGGUUAAAGAAACGAGGCAGAGAUGAUUUAUAGAGGAGUAAGGCUACCUUGGCUUCAAACUGCUACCAUGAGAUGAGCCAGGCUACCUUGGCUUCAAAUCUGCAACCAUGAGAAAAACCAGGCUACCUUGGCUUCACACUGAUGCAGCCAUGAAACAAGCCAGGCUACCUUUUUAACUGCAACUGAGACAAGCCAAGCUAGCUUGUAAACUGAAACUGGAACAAGACAGAAUAGCUUGGCUUCAAACGCAACCAUGAGUGAGAUCAAGCUGACAGACAUCAUGAAGAUACCAUGCAGUUACAAGACUAGCCAAUCUAGCUUGGCUUCAUAUCGCAACCAUCAUUUGAUGAAGUAAACAGAACUGAAGAAGUUGUGCGUAGACAAUGACACCAGCCAACCAGUUGCCCUGGGGCCGAUUUCACAAAGAGCUACAUGUACAUGUAGGAGCAAGUUCGAGUGGGCACAAUUAGUCGACCCAUGGUUGACUACUGACAAGCAACGUACAUGCGCAAUGACGCACCCACCCGAACGACUCAUUUGGAAGUGUAGUCAACCUUCCGCCUUUUCGCUACUGUUUUGCUGGUUCCCCUCUGCGCUUAACACAUGUUAGAAUGGAACAUACUGUUGGGACCAGUGAAUAAACCAUGGGCUCGA